GUGAGGGGAGGAGGUUCAUAUAGUCGCUGCUGCUGCUGUAGAGAGCAGCUCGUGGUUUGGUUGCGUGUGUGAGUCUCUUGGUUUGUUGUUUCGGGAGCGCAGAUCGCGUCAGGUCAUCCCCGCGGAUCGCAGGCGUUUGUCAGAGAUGCUCGUGUUUUAGAGGCAUCCAGCAUCAGUUUGCGUCGCGCUGAAAGGAAUGAGAGCAGAGCAUCAAUGUUUCACUGGGGCAAGUGGAAGAAGAGGAUGGGAGCAGCGAACAGUUCAUCCAAGAGACCAGUGUUCGACGACAAAGAGGAUGUGAACUUCGAUCACUUCCAGAUUCUGCGGGCCAUCGGGAAAGGGAGCUUCGGGAAGGUGUGCAUCGUGCAGAAGCGGGACACGGAGAAGAUGUACGCCAUGAAGUACAUGAACAAGCAGCAGUGCAUUGAGCGGGACGAGGUCCGGAACGUCUUUAGAGAGCUUGAGAUCCUUCAGGAGAUCGAACAUGUGUUUUUAGUAAACCUCUGGUACUCGUUCCAGGACGAGGAGGACAUGUUCAUGGUGGUGGAUCUGCUGUUAGGAGGAGAUCUGCGCUAUCAUCUGCAGCAGAACGUGCAGUUCACCGAGGAUGCCGUCAAACUCUACCUGUGCGAGAUGACACUGGCGCUCGACUACCUGCAGAGCCAGCACAUCAUACACAGGGACAUCAAACCGGACAACAUCCUCCUGGACGAGCAAGGUCACGCGCAUUUAACAGACUUUAACAUCGCUACCAUAAUCAAGGACGGCGAACGAGCCACGGCGUUAGCGGGUACAAAGCCUUACAUGGCUCCAGAGAUCUUCCAGUCGUUCAUGAGCGGGGGAACCGGUUAUGCGUUUGAAGUGGACUGGUGGUCGCUGGGCGUGACGAUCUUUGAGGUUCUGCGAAGUUGGAGGCCGUACGACAUCCACGCCAGUAACUCGGUGGAGUCUCUGCUGCAGCUGUUCAUGACGGUCAGUGUGCAGUACAGCUCAUCCUGGCACAAAGACCUCGUCUCGCUGCUGAGGAAGUUAUUGACUGUAAACCCAGAGCAUCGCUUCUGUAGUCUGGCUCAAAUGCAGACGACGCCCUACCUCUCCGAUGUCAACUGGGACGAUGUUCAUGAGAAGAAGAUGGAGCCCGGCUUUGUUCCCAAUAAGGGUCGUCUGCAUUGCGAUCCCACCUUUGAGCUGGAGGAGAUGAUUCUGGAGUCUCGUCCUCUUCAUAAGAAGAAGAAACGACUGGCAAAAAAUAGAUCAAGAGACAACAGCAAAGAUUCUCAGUCUGUGGGUGAAACUGACACACACAUUAAACACUAG